UUCCCUUCCCUGAAUUUGUUGCAGAGAGAGAGAGAGAGAGAGAGAGAGAGAGAGAGAGAAGAAUUACGGUGCGGUACGUUGUCAUCGUCUCUGUUUUCCCUGUCUCUCUCUCUCGUUUCGGUGGCUUGCUGUUUCAGGUGAAGGAGGGGAAUGCUGGGAUCGUUGUCCUCCUGUGGAGAUCUUGAGACCUGACUGUCGUCAUCGCCGUCACUGUCGUAGGGCAAUCCCCGUCUCGGGUUCUCUGCCAUGGCUGCUCCUUUCCUCUCUUCUCCCUUCCAACCCUACGUCUACGAGAGCCCGCAAGCAGCCGUUACAGCUUUCCAGAUUUUGGGAGGAGAAGCUCAAAUAGUGCAGAUAAUGUUAAAAUCACAAGAAAAGGUCGUUGCAAAACCUGGUUCUAUGUGUUAUAUGUCGGGUUCCAUUCAAAUGGAGAAUGUAUACCUACCUGAAAACGAAGGGAGCAUAUGGCAAUGGCUAUUUGGCAAGAGUGUGACUAGCGUCAUCCUGAAUAAUACAGGACCAGGUGAUGGAUUCAUUGGUAUUGCAGCUCCAUCACUAGCACGUAUACUGCCGAUUGAUUUGGCGAAGUUCGGAGGAGAAAUUCUAUGUCAGCCAGAUGCGUUUCUUUGCUCUGUUAAUGAUGUCACUGUGACAAAUACAGUUGAUCAGAGAGCCCGGCAUAAUGUGGGUGGUGCAGAGAGUAUUUUGAGACAGAAGCUCGUAGGUCAGGGGCUUGCCUUCAUAAUUGGUGGUGGAUCUGUUGUGCAAAAGAAUCUUGAGGCAGGAGAAGUGUUGGUUGUGGAUACAUCUUGCAUUGUGGCCAUGACAAGUAGUAUUGAACUGAACGUGAAACAAGCCAACCCAACAAGGCGGGUGGUCUUUGGGGGAGAAAAUCAUGCAACUGCUGUACUCACUGGACCUGGAAUCGUCUUUAUCCAGAGCCUACCUUUCUAUCGCCUUUCUCAAAGGAUUGCAAGGGCAGUAACAUCUCCGGGAAUGCGAGAGAACCCUAGAUUUUUGAUUCAGAUUGCGGUGUUUUUCUUCCUCGCUUACCUCAUGAUUGUAUCAUCCCUGCUCUUAACGGAUAUAUGAAGUUACACAGGCUCUCUUUUUCAUUUUCUUCCCCUUUUUCUCUUCUUCAGAGCCCCCUUUUGCAUUGUAUUCAUUGCUCGGAAAUUUGAAGGUAAGUUUUGUUUUCGGUUUUAAUGAACAAUAAAAGGUGAAGGCAUACAUGGGGGAUUAAAUUAGAGGAAUCUCGAUCUUAGGAUACAAGAUAUGGAAGUGGGAAAGAACCUGAGAUAAGAAAAGUGCUAAAUCUUUUUCUUUUGAUAAGCAAAAGAAAAUGUCAUUUUUCGUCAAGUUACAGGGGACUUCGGGGUUGUCUGCUGCAUAUGUUCUGUGGAGUUGGCGUAGUUGGAUGAUUGCAGAGCAUUUAGUUUCCAUCUCCUGAUUAGUUUCCAUCCUUUGACAUUGGUGUUUGGAGUGGAUGACAAUUGUAGAUUACAAUUUGCUUUUGAUUC